GACAAACACAUCUACUUUCUCACAUUUAACUAAGUACUUGUUUUCCCUCACUGCCAUGGCUUCCAAAACUGUACUAAACAUCUCUUCAUUAGCUUUGCUUCAUGUGUUUGGAUUCUUGGCUUUUGAGGCAAAUGCUCGUACCCUCGAAGAUGUUUCAAUGAAAGAGAGGCAUGAGCAAUGGAUGACUCAGUAUGGAAAAGUUUACACGGACUCUUAUGAGAAAGAAUUGCGGUCCAAUAUAUUCAAAGAAAACGUUCAACGCAUAGAAGCCUUUAACAAUGCUGGAAACAAGCCUUACAAGCUAGGCAUCAACCAAUUUGCUGAUCUCACAAAUGAGGAAUUCAAAGCCAGAAACAGAUUCAAGGGUCACAUGUGCUCCAAUUCAACAAGGACACCAACAUUCAAGUAUGAAGAUGUGUCUUCAGUGCCCGCUUCAUUAGAUUGGAGACAGAAAGGAGCUGUCACACCUAUUAAGGACCAAGGCCAAUGUGGAUGUUGCUGGGCAUUUUCUGCUGUGGCAGCCACAGAAGGAAUCACCAAGUUGAGUACCGGAAAAUUGAUCUCUUUAUCAGAGCAAGAGCUAGUUGAUUGUGACACAAAGGGUGUGGACCAAGGUUGUGAAGGGGGUCUAAUGGAUGAUGCCUUCAAAUUUAUCAUGCAAAACAAAGGACUCAACACGGAAUCCAAGUACCCAUACAAGGGUGUUGAUGCAACAUGCAAUGCAAAUGCAGAAGCCAAAGAUGCAGCAAGCAUUAAGGGGUUUGAGGAUGUCCCUGCCAACAGUGAGAGUGCACUGCUCAAAGCUGUUGCUAAUCAACCUAUUUCUGUGGCUAUUGAUGCUAGUGGAUCCGAGUUUCAAUUUUAUUCUAGUGGUGUCUUCACUGGAUCAUGUGGCACUGAGUUGGAUCAUGGUGUCACUGCUGUAGGGUAUGGAAGUGAUGGUGGAACCAAAUAUUGGUUGGUCAAGAAUUCAUGGGGAGAACAGUGGGGCGAACAAGGAUACAUUAGGAUGCAGAGAGAUGUUGCUGCUGAAGAAGGCUUGUGCGGCAUUGCAAUGCAAGCUUCUUACCCCACUGCAUAAUGUUAAAAUUUUCUACUAAACUACAUGUAAUAGGUUUGAGUGGCUUACAAGAAAUUAUAGGUUCAAACCUUGUGUAAGAAAACUAUGUAAUUAUAAUUAUACGUGUUUAAUAUAUAUACAAAAAGGUAAACUAUACUGUACAUUGCUCACUUCCUGCAAAUCAAUUUCAGUACAUAAAAUUGAAUCUUAUAUUCUACUUCCUU